AAAUAAGAACGCACGCACGCACGCACGCACGCACAAAAACUCAUUCUCGCCUCAUUGUUUCCUAACAGGGAACUGAUCUGAGGUAGUUCCCUUUUUCACAAUAUUGGCUUCCAACUCCAACCAGUUCAAUGACUGACCAGGGUUAGAAAGGGGUUUGCUACAUUAUCUCAGUCAGUUCUUUGGUUUUAUAAUCAUUGGCUUCCUUUUCGCUUUUCUAUUGAGAGGCACUGUAUGUAGUAAACGUUCUGGAAAUCUAUUACUAGGGAACCUUCAUUCUGAAUCUAGAGCGAUGAAGGAACACUAACGUUACAUAGAGUUUUUUGUACCUCUUCUUGGAAGGAACUGAUACAUAGGAUGCAUCCCAAACAGCCCCCAUAUUCCUGUGUAUAGGGAACAGAAGUAGUGCACAGGGUUCCAUUUGGGACAUAAAUACGGUAGUUCUUAUUUUUUUGCAUCAUUUCAGGUUCUUCCCAGCAUCUUGGAAUUACAAUGAAUCACAUGAUCUUCAGAAAAUAAAUGAACCAAUGGGGCGCUCCGUUGUCCAAAAACACCAAACUCUCCUGGAACAAUAAGAUAUCCACAAAACCAUAGUUCUGCAUUUCAAGUACAGGAGAACACAACCCUCAAAACAAAACAAAGAAAAAGAUCUUUGAAGAAAAACAUUGGGUUCCUUUCAACAGUAUAUUGGCAAUAUUCUCAGUACCAGCAUGUUAUUCUGAGCAUUCGUCCAAAUAUUUGGAGAGAACGGGGAGAGAUGAAACGGAGGCAGAACAAUGGGACUGAGGUGGUGUUAUGGCGUUCGUGCGUCUCGCCUCGUUGGCCCUUUGUGUUUCUGGUCCCCAGUCAGUCCCCUCCGUGUUCAGGCUGGGUCCAGGUGGGGUCUGGUUUCUCUGGUGGUCACACACACACACACGCCACUCAUUCUCGCCUCAUUGUUUCCUAAUAGGGAACUGAUCUGAGGUAGUUCCCUUUUUCACAAUAUUGGCUUCCAACUCCUACCACUUCAAUGACUGACCAGGGUUAGAAAGGGGUUUGCUACAUUAUCUCAGUCAGUUGCUAAUAUUACAAACCCUUAUCUGAAAUUCCAACACUGGGCUACACUGGGCAUUCCAGAGCCUGAGCAGCAGCUUCAGAAAACUAAAGAGCUCACGGGCAAUUGGCUGGAAAAUGGACUCCUGGUGUACCACUGACGAAGACAUGGCGGAGGUCAAGAAGGAAGCGUUGGAGCGUCUGCGUCCGUACCUCUGUGAGAAGCUAGUGGCCGAUCGCCACCUGGACUACCUUCGGUCCAGGAGGGUCCUUACGCGGGACGACGCCGAGGACAUCUGCUGCAGGGUGGGGAACAGCAAGAAGACCGGUAGGAUGCUGGACUACUUAGCCGAGACCCCCAGGGGCCUCGACUACCUCGUGGAGUCCAUACGCCGAGUGAGGACCAAGGACUUUGUCAUCGGGAAGAUCACCAGCGAAGUCGAGGCGGUGAAGAUGGAGAGGAGAGAGGAGGCCAUCUUGUCAGCAGCAGGUAGUUCUUCGCCGGUCUGUAUAUGCAAAGAGAGAACUCCCUUUGUGUCGUUUCAGAGUGACAGUACUGGAUACAAAGGCAGUGGUGAAGCACAGUCCAUCCAAACCUCUCUGUCCAACUCCGAAGACAAGUGGGGUCAAAAUGAAGCAUCCUUUUCCUGGAGUGCCCUUCCUGAAGGAGUUAGUGUGUCUUCUCUACCCAGUCUCCCGAAACCAGGAGAGCAGGGCGCCCCUUCAGUGCCCCUUGAGGACACCGAGCCCGGGACCUUAGAGUCUGAGAGCAGUGACCAGUUUCACACCCUCCGUUCCUUUUCAAACCCCUUUCUGUGAUGGAGUAAUACAGAAUGUCUGGAUUCAAACAGUUUGGAUUAUAUAGGGACAGUAAAGGGUUAGGUUUUAUUGUUUCAUAACUGUACAUGUCAUCGUUAUCGAAUGUUUUAUUUUCCAUAUCAUAAAAGCCUACAGUAAAUCCACGAGACGUGGUUUCUGACACGUUUGUUCUAGCAAUAAAAUGUUUUACUAAAAACGUUAUUGAAAUGCAAAAAAUCCUGUAGUUCUCAAUCAGGAAACAAACAGAAUUAUUACAAAAUGGAUGUGUGCCAGAACGUUGUACUGUAGAGCUUUAGUUUCAUAUCAGGAAAUGGAGCAAGGCAGAGCUUCCUGUUUCUUUGGGGCACAGUCCCACUUCAUGUCCCUAUUUGAACUUCUGCCAGGCACCCAUAUUCUAGGAAAUGAUCAAAUUAACAUGUUUAUGUUUUCUUGGGAUUUUAUUUUGAUUCAGGAUGUGCAAUUUUGACAUACUGACGAGAACUCUUCAAGGGAAACUAGUUAGGGACAGUUAGUGUGUAUAUGACUUGGAUAAUGAAACAAAAACACGUAAAGCUCCAAAUAGGCAUUUCAAUGUGUUAAUAAAUAUGACAAAAGUA